AACCGCCACUGAGACAGAAGCCGGAGUGUGGCCAGGAUCCCAGUUAACCUGCUGGAGCUCAUCCGGCUUGCUCAGAGCGCUGCAUCAACUCCACCAGUUCCCUCUCCUUGGUUGUCUUCUUCUCGCCUUUCCUGUCCUUCCCAUUCUGCACUCUCAACCCCAAAACACACACACACACACACACACACACACACACACACACACACUUUCGCAUCGAUCAGAGGACGAAUGAGAGAGACGUUCCAGCAAAUUGAGGUAACAACUUUCCUCAGCUCAUCUCUGGGCUCCGGAAGCUGGAGUGUGCUCAUCCUCCGCGGUCUGCGGCUCAUGGAGGACCAGCAGUGAUGGGCUAACGACCUGAGCGAGAACCCCCAGCAACUCAGCCUUGCAAGCCAGCUCCGCGUUCCCACGCCGGUUCUCUCCAGCUAGCUCCGCGGAAAGCGCUCCGGGUGCAGACCGGGAGCAUCCAGGGAGAAUGAGGCAGGGACCCAGCCCAAGUGGGGUGCAUCUCUCGGACGUGCUGCCACUACUGUGUCUCGACAUGAAUUAAGACGCUUGGAAGAUGGAGCGCCGCACAGUCCUUGACCAGCCCGGGCUUUGGACCAGGGACACCAGCUGGACACUCCUCUAUUUCCUCUGCUACAUCCUCCCUCAGACUUCCCCACAAGUACUCAGGAUCGGAGGGAUUUUUGAAACUGUGGAAAAUGAACCUGUUAAUGUUGAAGAAUUAGCUUUCAAGUUUGCAGUCACCAGCAUUAACCGAAACCGAACCCUGAUGCCUAACACCACAUUAACCUAUGACAUCCAGAGAAUUAGUCUUUUUGAUAGUUUUGAAGCCUCCCGCAGAGCAUGCGACCAGUUGGCUCUUGGUGUGGCUGCUCUCUUUGGUCCUUCCCACAGCUCCUCCGUCAGUGCUGUGCAAUCUAUUUGCAACGCCCUCGAAGUUCCACACAUUCAAACCCGCUGGAAACACCCUUCUGUGGACAACAAAGAUUUGUUUUACAUCAACCUCUAUCCAGACUAUGCAGCUAUCAGCAGGGCUGUCUUGGAUCUGGUCCUCUAUUACAACUGGAAAACAGUGACUGUUGUGUAUGAAGACAGCACAGGUCUAAUUCGCCUGCAAGAACUCAUCAAAGCUCCCUCCAGAUAUAACAUUAAAAUCAAAAUCCGCCAGCUGCCCUCAGGGAAUAAAGAUGCCAAGCCUCUGCUCAAGGAGAUGAAGAAGGGCAAGGAGUUCUAUGUGAUAUUUGACUGUUCACACGAAACAGCUGCUGACAUCCUGAAGCAGAUUUUGUUCAUGGGCAUGAUGACUGAGUACUAUCACUACUUCUUCACAACCCUGGACCUGUUUGCUUUGGAUCUGGAGCUCUAUAGAUACAGCGGUGUCAAUAUGACUGGGUUUCGGCUGUUGAAUAUUGACAACCCUCACGUGUCAUCCAUCAUUGAGAAGUGGUCCAUGGAGAGACUGCAGGCCCCUCCCAGGCCUGAGACUGGGCUUCUGGAUGGCAUGAUGACAACGGAAGCAGCUCUGAUGUAUGAUGCUGUGUACAUGGUAGCUAUCGCCUCCCACCGUGCCUCGCAGCUGACUGUCAGCUCCCUUCAGUGCCAUCGACACAAGCCAUGGCGCCUUGGGCCCAGAUUCAUGAACUUGAUCAAAGAGGCUCGGUGGGAUGGCUUGACUGGACGUAUCACCUUCAAUAAAACUGAUGGCUUGAGAAAGGAUUUUGACCUGGACAUCAUCAGUCUCAAAGAGGAAGGAACUGAAAAGGCUGCUGGUGAAGUGUCUAAGCAAUUGUAUAAAGUAUGGAAGAAGAUCGGGAUUUGGAACUCCAACAGUGGGCUGAACAUGACAGACGGCAACAGAGACAGGUCCAACAAUAUCACUGAUUCACUGGCCAAUCGAACACUCAUUGUCACCACUAUUCUGGAAGAACCCUAUGUGAUGUACAGAAAGUCUGAUAAGCCUCUCUAUGGAAAUGACAGAUUUGAAGGAUAUUGCCUGGAUCUGCUGAAAGAAUUGUCAAAUAUCCUGGGUUUCCUUUAUGAUGUCAAACUAGUUCCUGAUGGUAAAUAUGGUGCCCAGAAUGACAAAGGAGAGUGGAACGGGAUGGUGAAAGAGCUCAUUGACCACAGGGCUGACCUGGCAGUGGCUCCUCUUACCAUCACUUAUGUACGGGAGAAAGUCAUAGACUUCUCCAAGCCCUUCAUGACCCUGGGCAUCAGCAUCCUCUACCGGAAACCCAAUGGAACCAACCCAGGCGUCUUCUCCUUCCUCAACCCCUUGUCUCCAGACAUUUGGAUGUAUGUGCUGUUGGCCUGCUUAGGAGUCAGUUGUGUACUCUUUGUGAUUGCAAGGUUUACACCGUACGAGUGGUACAACCCCCACCCGUGUAAUCCUGACUCAGAUGUGGUGGAAAACAAUUUCACUUUGCUAAACAGUUUCUGGUUUGGAGUUGGAGCUCUCAUGCAGCAAGGAUCAGAGCUGAUGCCCAAAGCUCUAUCGACCAGAAUAGUUGGAGGAAUAUGGUGGUUUUUCACCCUAAUCAUCAUUUCAUCUUAUACUGCCAACCUGGCUGCCUUCUUGACAGUAGAGAGGAUGGAAUCCCCCAUCGACUCUGCAGAUGAUCUGGCAAAGCAAACCAAGAUAGAAUACGGGGCAGUCAGAGAUGGCUCAACAAUGACCUUCUUCAAGAAAUCAAAGAUAUCCACCUAUGAGAAGAUGUGGGCUUUUAUGAGCAGCAGACAGCAGAGUGCCCUGGUCAAAAAUAGUGAUGAGGGGAUCCAAAGAGUGUUGACCACCGACUACGCUCUACUGAUGGAGUCCACCAGCAUUGAGUAUGUGACACAGAGGAACUGCAACCUCACUCAGAUUGGGGGCCUCAUCGACUCCAAAGGUUAUGGAGUAGGAACGCCUAUCGGCUCUCCUUACCGGGAUAAAAUUACCAUUGCUAUUCUUCAACUACAAGAAGAAGGAAAGCUGCACAUGAUGAAAGAGAAAUGGUGGCGGGGAAACGGCUGUCCUGAAGAAGACAGUAAGGAAGCUAGUGCUCUGGGAGUGGAGAACAUCGGGGGCAUCUUCAUUGUUCUGGCUGCUGGACUGGUCCUUUCUGUAUUUGUAGCCAUUGGAGAAUUUAUAUACAAAUCACGGAAGAACAAUGAUAUUGAACAGAAAGGAAAGUCAUCAAGACUUAGAUUUUAUUUUAGGAACAAAGUAAGGUUUCAUGGGAGCAAAAAACAAAGCCUUGGUGUAGAGAAGUGCCUCUCUCUCAAUGCCAUCAUGGAAGAGCUGGGAAUAUCACUCAAGAACCAGAAAAAACUAAAGAAAAAGCCAAGAACUAAAGGGAAAUCUUCUUUCACAAGUGUCCUUACUUGUCAUCAGAGACGGACUCAGAGAAAAGAGACUGUGGCAUGAUCCAGGAAUAUAAGUGUAGGAACUUUCCAGGAAGGCAGAGGAUAUGCCCACUAUAUAUCUUUGGAGGAAGCGUGUCUGAUGAGCGUGAGCUGUAUUUCCAUAUAUCUAUGUCUGUACCUCCAAUUAUGGAUAGAGGUAUUAACAGAUGCACAAUUUUCAAAGCUCACAGUGACAGAGAUGAUCCAGGAAGUGACACCAAUUCUUUUCUGAUGAAUUUGUAUGCACACUUAUUUUGCAUUUUCUCUUUUGCCCCAAUAAAUUGCUGUGUGUGCUUUCUAAAUAAUAAUAAAACAA